GGUAUCCAGUCAGCGCACACAGCUCAUUAUUUGGGUCUGUUAGUAAUCAGGAAUCAGAUAAAAUGGCUCUGACAAAUCCCAUGAACCCCAUGCCUAUGGGCCCUUGGAAGAUCACCGUGUACGACCAGCAGCACUUCCAGGGUAGGCGCAUGGAGUUCACCUCCUGUUGCCAGAACAUUAUGGAGUGCGGCAUGGAGAACAUCCGUUCCCUGAAGGUGGAGUGUGGCGCCUGGGUGGGUUAUGAGCACUCCAGCUACUGUGGCCAGCAGUUCAUCCUGGAGAGGGGAGACUACCCUUGCUGGGAGGCAUACAGCGGCAGCAACGCCUAUCACAUCGAGAGGAUGAUGUCCUUCCGCCCCAUCUAUUCCGCUAGCCACAAGGAGUGCCGCAUGGUUGUGUAUGACAGCCCUAACUUCAUGGGCAAGCAGUGGGAGAUGUGCGAUGACUACCCCUCUCUUCAGGCCAUGGGCUGGGGCAUGAGUGAGGUCGGCUCUAUGAUGGUGCAGAGUGGAGCCUGGGUGUGCUACCAGUAUCCUGGUUACCGUGGACACCAAUACAUCAUGGAGUGUGACUGCCACGGAGGAGAGUACAAGCACUACAGAGAGUUUGGCUCCCACGCUCAGACCUUCCAGAUCCAGUCCAUCCGUAGAAUCCAGCAGUGAGAAGACUCUCCUGUGCCCUUCCUUCCUUUCUUCUUUCCCUUCGCCCUUCGCUUCCUUAACGCUCCCCGCCCUCCCACACCUGAUCCCCCCUUUCAUGACUCCUCCUCCAUUUUACUGCUCCUAGCCCUGCAGGUCUGGCUAGACCACAAGGACCACAGGCCCCAAGACCUGGUGGUGCACCACUGAAACAUUGUUCACAGCACUUUGUACCCAUCACUUCAGGAAAGAUAGGAUGUGAGAAAAAAGACAGAAAGAAAGUAAAAAAAACAGAAAGGAAUAAGUCAGAAGGAACGACAAACCACCUGUAAGAAUUGCCAGAAUCACAGAACGGCUGUGGUGUGGCAGGCUGCCUCAGACACGGCUCCUCUUGUUCAUCAUCACACGUCAUGAUUGUAACAUCUGCAGUCACUGUGGUAACCAUGGUAACGAGAUCGAUGAAUAAAGAGAGUGAGCAAAUCAGAA